AUGUUCAUCAGCCCAGUCCUCAUCCUCCGCAUCGUCCAAGGUGUGCUGGCCUUCAUUGCCAUGGCACUUGGAGCAACCGUGGCCAACGUCCUUAAUACUCAUACUCCAGCACUCGAUGUCCCAGCCGGUGUGGUCUUCUUCAUCUUCACUGCCGUCUUCACCAUGCUCGUCACGGUUCCCUACACCGUCUUGACGCCUCGCUAUUUCCCAACCCUGGCUCAUCCGUUCGCAAUGCUCGCUGCCGAGGCCACGACCUCGAUCUUCUGGCUGGCCGGCUUUGCCGCGGUUGCUGAUCGCUUGCGACAAUCCAAUAUUUGCGAACUCGGCGCGUGCUCGUCUGCCACAGGCAGUGUCGUGGUCGGGGUCUUCGAGUUGUGA